GUCGUCACUGCCCGUCAAUAAUAAAUAUUCUGACGUUUGGGAAUUUAGUUAGCACUGCGUGUUAAUUUUAUGAUAUAGUUAAUUACGUAUCUGUCGUAAUAAUAAGCUGGGUUAGUGUGUAGUCAGCUUGCACUGGAAAUCGCCUUAAUAUUCUGAUAUGGGUCUGAAGGGUCGCCGGAAAUGGCUUUUACUGGCUUAAAGAAAUCACAUCCGACCUGUGCAUCAUGAGGAUGGCUCGGCGACUGUUAGUGAUAUAACAGCACACUCUCACCGCCGGAGACUUUGUUUGGCGGGGAUUGACAGUUGUGAACGGGAACGCAAUAUCGUUCCUUAUAAAGAUGUUGUCCAAUCCUCCGGCUGAGCAGAAAGGGACAGAGCAGGUGCCUGCGUCUGCGGCUGGUCCAUGCCAUCGUGCUGCUCAUUCGCCGCUGUACCAGGAGCAGCUGGUCGUAGGAUGCAGAGAAACCAACGGGGAGGAGAUUGAAUCUGGUGACAAAACACGGCCCUCAGACUUUGGAAAAGGCAUGAAGGAAGUUCAUCUGGAAAAUGAAGGAGCACUGAGACAGAUUGAUCCGGAAAGGUGUAACUUUGGAGUCAAAGCUAGUUCGACUAACAUGCACAUGUGUACGCAACAAGAGGCCAAGUUUAGGGAUCCACAAUGGACAUCUGCCACUUUCAAUUCAUCUCCUCCACCUGGACCAUCAGGAGAUCAGCUUGGAGUCCUGGAACGAUUUCUUGUGUCCCAUCAAACUGAGAUGAAGCGUCUGCUGACGGAUACCUUUGGCCCUCUGACCCAGCGUCUUGAGGCAGUGGAGAGGAGGAUGGACCAGCUGUGUUCACAAAGCAGUGCGCAUACCCGCAGUUUAGCUCAGCUGCACAGUAAAGUUGGCCAGCUGGGAAGAGACUUGUCCUUUGGUUGUCCAAAUACUCCAAGUGUUUCAUCAACUUGCAGUCGUGGGGGGGAUGCAGACGUGCCAAAAGACUACAAAGGAAUCAUCUCAAAUGUCUCCUCUUCUAGGCCACAGUCUCUUUAUAGAUCACUGUCUCCUGAAUUAAAGAAGGACCCUGUGUGUUCUUGGCCAAUUCCUUUGUCAACUCCUUCCCAGUCUAGCCAAAGUCCUGCUCAUAUGCCUGAGGACCUAAGCUGUCAGGAUCUAAGUGGAAAUUGUAGCAUCUCUAGUUCAUCAUGUGGAAUUCUAAAAACAUGCCCUUUGGGACGAACUGGCAAUUGUUUGCAGGGUAACUACUCACCUGUUUCAGAUUUUGAAGACCUGGAGAUGGAACUGGAAGCUGAGAAGGACAGAGUCGCAUUAAACCUAUUGGUCGGCAGCUCAGAUGACAAUGACAACAUCAACCGGGAACUUCCUUGUAAUCAAGAAGCACUGUCUUCUGAUAGUGAGGGGAAAAAUAAAUCUGAUCAGGAAGGAGAAGACAUCUUGAAUAAUCAGUGUUUACAUGUUCUUGAAAACCCUCGGGUGCCUUCCGUUCAGCUUCUCACAUCUUCAGCUCCUAGUGGCUUAAAGUCAAACACAAAUACAGAUCAUUGUUCAUUUUCAAAAGCAAUGAACUCAAAGCCCUCUGGGAAACCAGAAGCAUUAACAGAUUCCUCUAAAGAUGAUUGUGAAAAAAUUCAGCAGCAGUGCUUUAGUCAAAUUACCUUCCCUUUAUCCAUUAAGCCGCUAGGAGCACAACCCAACCCUGAGAAGCCCAAGGGUUGUUCAGUUCUGACUUCUUAUAAGAAAGAAGAAACGAUCUUGGACAAGAUCAAAACAAAUGGUCUUUUUCACUCUGCUACUACCUCACUGAGUAAUAGUACUUCAGUCUUGGAUCAUGUCACAACGUCAAGAAAUAUAGAUGAAUUUACAGCAACAAAUUAUGGAGAUUUUGAUGAGAGCACAAAGAUAGGUUAUAAGGGACAAAGCAUUGCUUGUCAGUUCUCAUACUCAAAGGACAGCCCAAUGAAACUUUCAUUUCAAGGGUCAUCAGUCCUGCCAUACUGUGAACUUGCUUUGCCAAACCAAUUGGUCAAAGGUGUUGGUGACCAAAGAUCACAAGGUUCAAUUUUGACAUUUCAUCAAGCAUUCUUCAGUUCCCAUCUUUCGGCCCCAAGAAAUGGGUUCUCAAAAUCAUUUCUAGACAGUGAUACUAACAAACUCUUGAAACAGCUCUCGGAUACUGCCUAUCGUUUGGUGUCCAGAAGCUGUUCCUCAAACAACUUGAUAGACAGAUGGACUGGUUACAGCAGAACUGGAUCCAAACUCAAACACUGUGGUGGAAAAAAACAUCACCGUCCUGCUUUUUCCACUCUUAAAGUUGGAGAAACCCUUUCCUUGUCCUUCUUCGAGCAGGCAGGAGAAAUAUCCAAACACUGGCAACCAAUUCUUGAGGACUCGAUGCUUCCUGUCUUUCCUCGAUUGACUGGUACACUAGCUUGUCCUUCAGAUGCAUUACCUGUCAACUUGGAUAAAGACUCUGAGUGUUGUCCGAGCUUAUCUCAACUUUUUCGGCCCGCCACUCCACCUUUGUCUACUUUAAGCAAAGGGAGCUUCUCUGGGGCAGGAGUUAGUACCGUCCUGGCUUUGUCUUCUCCAACUUCCUUCAGGCUGUGGUUUCGACACAGACGGAUCAACUUUCCGCUAAUGCAGUUGUCACGUCCUGGUAUCAAUACGGUUAUGAGUCGGAUUUUGGGGAGGUGCAAGUGCCAUCCUUUUCGACCUCUGGUCGACUUCACAGCCCCACCAGGCGUGGACAACGAUCACCACUAUAUACGCCGAUCCAGUCAAGAAGCUACACCCAGCAAGAAAAGAGCUUCAGCACGGAAGGCCAUCUCAUCUUCAUCAGUGUGUCAUCUGUCAAAAAUUCGUCUCACACCAGAAAGAAGCCUGGAUCACCCUUCUCGGCACAGCAUCAGCCCCAAGGCAGUGCGAUUGGAUGGAUCCCCCACUGAAUCUGUGCCUAGUUUUGCCAUUGCCAGUGCAAAUGUCAAAUAUCCUGGUUUGCAUAAUCGGGGGGCAUCUACAGAAAUGAACCAGGUGAAACUCUAUGACACUAAUACUGAAGCUCAAGGUGGUCAACGUUCCAAAAGGGUCUCUCAGAUUCGUAUUCGUAAGACUGUUCCUAAACCAGAUAACAACCUUACUCCAAUGGGACUCCCCAAACCAAAGAGGCUAAAGAAAAAAGAAUUCAGCUUGGAGGAGAUUUAUACCAACAAGAAUUACAAGUCUCCAACCCCUAACAGAAGCCUGGAGACAAUAUUUGAAGAACCGAAAGAAAAGAACGGUUCUCUGGUGUGCAUCGGUCAUCAGAAACGAAAGCGAGUUCUAGACUUCCCAGAUUUCACGCUGCCUCGCAAACGCAAGGCUAAAACUAACCUGGGUCCACUGCGUGUGAAGGGGCCACGAGGACGGGCUCGUAGAGGUAGACAGGACGACGUUGACCUCGAUGUAUUGCUAAUCGAGAAGCUCACAGAACUGGAAGACUACUUUUCUCGCCAAGGCCUGGAGGUUUAAGCUCAGUUUUUUCUCAAAUCUUUAUUCUCAGUUCUUGUGAACAAGUGAUCAGUUACCAAAAAUGUUUUUUGCCUGGACAAGAAAAGAAUUUGCGCUUUGUUGUUCACAGAACGUUUAGCAAUAGAGGGAAAAAUUUUCCUAUAGCAUUUAAAGUUAAGACUUAAAACAUGUGAAAUGGACUGGAGAAGACAUUUGAGCAAUGAGUGUGUGUAUGUGUGAGUGUGUGCAGAUAAUAUAAGCACAUUAUAGUAAACCUUCACCUGAGCACUUUCUGAUUCCUCACAAUGUGACUGCUGCAAGCUAAUUGUGUUUCUCUUGCAUUUGCAAGACAUUGCUAACUGUCAUUUUCUGGCGAAAAAAUGAGUGUGGGAAUAAUAAUUAAUGAUCUUUUGGUUUAAGCCCUUCAAGGUCAGUGAAACAAGGAGGUGCUCGUCCUUGACUACUGUUGACCUAUGAAAUUGGCCAGCUUAGAUUUUAGCAUUACAGAACAGUUUUUUCCCCAUCAGGACUAGUAUGUGUAUCUACAGCUUUCUAAAUGAAAAUGCUGAGCGACUUGCUGCCAAAAACAAGACUACGAAAAACUAUUUUAGAUUAUUUUCUUUUAAGUAAAUAUUUAAAGGUACGUUACAGUGUUUGAACACUAUAUUCUUGCUAAAUGUUUUAAAAUUCUCAAUGCAUUUCACCAUAGAAACAUGACUCAAUCUUCUCACCUUUAGCUGCUAGACUGUCCAGUUGAACUUUUUCCACCUUUUUCAUGUCAUUCCAAACCUGUAUGACCUACUCUUCAGAAUGCCAAAAGCUAAUGGAACCCAGUGUUGUUUUAAACCCUGUUAUUUGGACAAGCAGUUGCAACACACUUCAAGAUAUCUUCUUUUGUGUUCCACAGAAGAAAGAAUGUCUUACAGGAUUGAAAUGAGAUGAGGGUGAGUAAAGAAUGACAAAAACUCAGUUUUAUAAAAAGCUGUCCUUUUACUUUUUUUUUAUUUAUUUAACCAAGAAAACAUUCUGACACAGGAUAGACAAGCCAGUGGGUUGUGUUUGAGAAAAAAUGGGAGAAAUACCACUUUUCUCUAAAUGUUAGCUGUGAAGUUGCUUUCAUUCAUCACAAACUUUUGGAUUAUAUAUUUACUUAGCAAAAACUGAGCUGUGAUACUUAAUACGUGUUUGCCGUGAAUCUAUUAUGCGUCUUUUUUGCUGGCUUGACGUCUUUUUUGCGUUUUGGCGAGACUCACCUUCUACUUUUCUGAUUGGAUGUUUAUUGGGUGUUACAGGCAGCUAAUAAAAGUGAUGAGCUGGCCAGAUUAGACAUAUUUUUGAGUUUUAGUUUUAUCAUUCCAUUGUGUGAAAUACUGCCGCAAUGUGUAUUCUCAUUUUCUGAGGAUGAAACCAAGGCAACAUUUUUGGUUUUGAUGUGGUGUGUUGUCAUUCUCAUUCUUUUUUUUUUUAAUGGAAAGCUUUUACAAUCAAUUGUAAUGUAGCCUUGGACUUAUUACCUAUAGCUUUGAAAGUCAGUUAUCUGCACUUGUCCCCCAAAGAAUCUGAGCCUUUGCCCGACGAGCGUCUCUGUGCCAGUAUGUGAUCGAAAUGUGCUUACAAUUCAACCUAUACACAUGCGUUGUCUCUUUGAAUCACUUUGAUUUGUUAGAAUUGUACUCGCAGGCUCAAUUUAAAAAAAAAAGCUGAUGUGUGUUUCCUCAGUUAUGCAGUGGAACCAGCUGUUUGAUCUCUUUCACGAUUUGCAUUGAUCUUUUAUUUCUUACCACACUUACAGUGUUAUAGAUACUACUACUGUUGUGCUUCUCUUUGAGCUCACCAACAGACCAACACUAAGUAUUGCUUGAUUGCUGUCAAUCAAUGUGAUUUUAUAUAUAUUUUAUGAAUAAAAUAGUGUUAACUAA